CGGGCACCGAGUCGUCUGGCAAGACUGCGGGCACCGAGUCGUCUGGCAAGACUGCGGGCACCGAGUCGUCUGGCAGUCACCGAACUGGCGGAACAGCGGGCACCGAGUCAACUGGCGGAACUGCGGGCACCGAGUCGUCUGGCAAGACUGCGGGCACCGAGUCGUCUGGCAAGACUGCGGGCACCGAGUCGUCUGGCAAGACUGCGGGCACCGAGUCGUCUGGCGGAACAGCGGGCAUCGAGUCAACUGGCGGAACUGCGGGCACCGAGUCGUCUGGCAAGACUGCGGGCACCGAGUCGCCUGGCAAGACUGCGGGCACCGAGUCGUCUGGCAAGACUGCGGGCACCGAGUCACCUGGCGGAACAGCGGGCAUCGAGUCAACUGGCGGAACUGCGGGCACCGAGUCGUCUGGCAAGACUGCGGGCACCGAGUCGUCUGGCAAGACUGCGAGGCACCGAGUCGUCAAUGGCAAGACUGCGGGCACCGAGUCAUCAGGUACCGGAUUGUCUGGCUCGACAGCGGGCAUCGGGUCACCAGGCAUCAGGUCAUUUGGCUCGCCAGCGGGCACCGCGUCAUCUGGCAAGGCAGUGGGCACCGAGUCACCAGGUA